AUGGCCGAAUUAAUCCAAAAGUUAUGGGAAAUGUUAACAUUAAAUGGACCACAGAGACCACCACCAAAACAUUCUUCAUCUGGUAGGUCAAAUUCUGGUCCAUCAUUCGGUACGAACCAGCAGUCGCAAAAUUCAUAUCAAAGUCAUUUCAGUUAUUUACCUUAUACUUGUCCUCGUAAAGGUUGUACAAGAACUUUCAAAACAAUUGACGAUAUGAACAAACAUCAUAGUCGUCAUAAUGGCCGCAAUAGGCGCAGAUAA